AUGGCAGAAAAUAAAGUAUUUAAAAUAGUAGAGUUCAUAGAGUACUCCACAAGUGAUAAAAGAAGUGUCGAUGUCGUUUAUGCAACACACAUCAGGUAUGACUCUGUUCGAGGUUUAUUAGCCAAAUUCAUGGAUGGUCCAUCAUAUACAAAAGAAGAUUCUCAAUUAAUUCGGGAGAUAGUAAAAAAUAAAGUAUCUGCGCCUGAAGACUGGCCGGAGUUUAAAGUCAAAAUUAUCGUGGAGACAGAAACUUAUGAAGAAGCUUUAAUGAAGCUUCAAGAUUUGGAUAAAAAAAAUUACUGUUGUACAACUGAUUCAGAAGAGGUUUUAACGCCUGUCAAAAAAGUUAGCAAAAAUUUUAAUGAAGAAACGCAUACUGAUGAAGAAGAAGAUAUUGAUCAAUUGUUUGACGUUCCAGGAUUAAAUGAAGAUCUCAUUAAAAACCCUUCUGACUUAAAUGCAUCCACUGAAGUAGGUGAAACAUCUGCAUGCAUUAGCAUUAUUAAUGAAAAACAAGAUGGUUCCAAAAAGAGGAAACAAAAUUUUAAUGAGUCAUCUUCAGUGGCAAAUAAGAAAUUUAAAGAUUCUAAUAAUAUUAAUGAGAAAAUGAAUAUAAUUUUCGAUAAGAUACAGAAGAUAGGAGAAGAUGUCGAAUAUAUGAAAGGGGAAUUAAAAGAAUUAAAAAAGAAGAACGUUCAAUAUGCUCUGUGCCAGGAAACCAUGUCGGAGAAUUUAGCUUCUAAAUUCGAAGUUAACCUUCCACUGCAAACUAUGGAAGAAUUUGAAAAAUUAGAGGGACUUUUACCUACUAAUAAAGAACUGCAGCACUCUUUGAAAUCGGCCCUGUUAUACAACGUAGAUUUAAGAGCAGAUUUAAAAAAAAUUCUUCGCCAAAUUUUGUCUUCUUUAUUCAGCCGUGAGGUGGCAAUGAAAUUCACAGCAUCGAAACCAAUGCCGGAAAAGAAAAUAUUAAAUAAGACAAAUUGCUGCAACCUUAUUGAGGGUCUAAUACCAUUCAAAUCUAUGGCAACUAAAGAAAAGUAUUCCAAACCAGAAAUAAUUGGUGCAAUGGGAUACGUUCUUACACGCUCUUACGAUUGGGGUAAUGGCAGGACUGAAAGAAGAAAAAAAAAAGACAAUAAUGAUAUUAAUGUUUAAGUACAUUUAAGUUUUUCUUAUUAAUAUUUUUUAUUACUUUUAUUAAAUAUAUGUACCUAAAUAGAGUUAAAAUAA